UUCAUCCUUCCCUGCCCCCUCCCCGUUGCAGGCGGAGCGGGCCCGGGAGGAGGCGGAGCAGGCGGCCGCACGUCCCCCGGCCGGCCGGCCGGCCCCCCCGCUAUGGGUCGGAAGCGCUGCGUGGGGGGAGACGGCUCCAAGAUGGCGGCGGGUUGCUGCGGGGUGAAGAAGCAGAAACUCUCCAGUUCCCCUCCCUCGGGCUCGGCCGGCCCGGGGGGCGGCGGCGGCAGCUCCCACUGCGGAGGGGCGGCGGCGGCGGGCGGCGAGCCGGGGGCGCUACCCCCGCCGGGGAUCGCCCGCCUCAACGGCCUGGGGGGGCUGGCGGGGGGCGCCGCCGGCUGCGUCCUGUCCCCGCCGCUGCCGCCCAGCUGCGGCGGGGGCCCCGGCGGCCUCUCCCCCCCGGCCGCCUCGCUGCUCGCCUCCCCCGGGGCCGGCUCCGGCUGCAGGAAGAUGGUGGUGUCGGCCGAGAUGUGCUGCUUCUGCUUCGAUGUGCUCUACUGUCACCUGUACGGCUACCAGCCCCCGCGGAGCCCCCGCUUCACCAACGACCCCUACCCGCUAUUUGUAACGUGGAAGAUUGGUCGAGAUAAACGAUUGCGUGGAUGCAUAGGUACUUUUUCAGCCAUGAACCUGCAUUCAGGACUCAGGGAGUACACACUUACUAGUGCCCUUAAAGAUAGCCGUUUCCCCCCAAUGACGAGGGAUGAGCUGCCACGGCUUUUCUGCUCAGUGUCUCUACUCACUAAUUUUGAAGAUGUAUGUGAUUACUUGGACUGGGAGGGAACUGCAGUUAUGCAAUGUCAGUGGCAAAAAGACAUUUCAAGAUGGCUAGAAUAUGACCUAAAGAGAGAUUCUGGGUCUUCCAUCUGGUAUAACUGCUCAUUUCCAGAUCAUCCUGAAAAAUCAUCAGCCUGGUUAGGAGACCUUACUUCUGUGGGUGUACAUGGCAUUAGAAUAGAAUUCAUCAAUGAAAAAGGAUCAAAACGCACCGCCACCUACUUACCGGAGGUUGCAAAGGAGCAAGGAUGGGACCACAUUCAGACCAUAGAUUCCUUAUUGAGGAAAGGAGGCUACAAAGCUCCAAUUACUAAUGAGUUCAGGAAAACCAUAAAACUGACAAGGGUAGCCCCGUGGUAACCAUCCACCUUCAUACAUUAGAAGGAACAGAACUUAGGAUCUUCAGCACCAAAGCGUAGGCCACCUAUAGCACUGAACUAAAUAUCAGGUUGCCGAGACCUCCAUCUGAGCCAUGGUUGCCGAGAACAGCCACUACAGAAAGUCAUGAUCACCCACACUAGGCCAAUAUAUUAUACAAAGCAUUAUUGCUCAGACUCAGUCUUUGAGGAAAAGUCAAAUUUGGUCUGUCUGUGUUACGGAACCUGUUUCUCUACUAAAACUGCAUGAAAUUCCCUGCCUCCUACCAAACACUUAAUUUAAUUUUGGAAUGUCCCCAUAGAUUAAAAAUGUGUUAUGAAGUAUCUUAGACACUUUAAAAGGAAAGACAGGUUUGGGUUUUAAUUCUCUUUUCUCCUAGUUUGUGUGUGUCAUUUCUAUUUAGAUUCUCCCUUCUGCAUGCAGGUAGCGGUAGAACCAGACUUGUCACUGAGAUUCAUAACAAAAGCCAGUCCUCUAUAGAAAGCUCCAGAUGUCAUUACUCCAACAGUGAUACCAGUAUAGUAACUGCUAAAUAUAAAAUUACUUCCCUCAUCUUUUUGUAGGCAGCCACUCUUUUUCAUUUAUUUCAAUAUAGCAACAUGAGAGAGAGAGAUGUAGGAAUACUUGUCCCAUGUAUAUCACCCCAAGUACUGAAACUAGGAGAAAAGAAACUAACAGGCAGGACAAAAUGUCUGUCCUUUAUUUUCAUGUGUGACAAUCCAAAGUAGAUGUAAAAUCCCAGUAUCACAGAUCUGGCCAUGUGCUCCUUUGCUGGCUACCCACUGGACUGUUAUGAAGGGAAACUUUCUGUGUCUCUGCAUCUCUUGUGUGUUUUAAGCCUCUGGAGCCUGAAUGAAGUCCAGCCACUGCUCCAGUUCUCAGUUCCCUAGGCUACUGUUGAAAUCCUAACCUUUUUUCUGGCACCCUCUUCUGAAAGCAGGAACCCGCUGUCAAGCUGCUUAGCCCGUGAGUGCUGUGCUGACCCUUCAGACUCCCCCGUACUUAAACACACCCUCUCCUAGAACUUCAUCCUAAAGGAAUGAAGUUUCUGAUUACAGUUUAGUUUUCUCUUGAGGAACUGUAGUUCCUGUUUGAGUGAUUGCACAUGUGCAUUCCACCGUAAGUCUGCAAGCGCCCUGAGCAGUCACCAGAAAUUUUUUCCUCAGUGGUACCCAUCAGGGCAGCUCAAGUGCCCUCUGAUGCCAUGCACCUAUAGUGCAAUAUAAUAUAAAUCACCCAACUGACCCCACACUUCCUCAGUUCCUUCUUACCGCCUGUGAUGGAUAGCAGUUCCAGUGACCUUGCUUUGGCAGGCUCUCUCAGUGGUCUUCUUUUUCUUAUAUUUAUAUAAUUAGUUGUAAUUAGUUUUAGUGAAGUUCUGUAACUUGGUGAUUUAGCAGAGUUUUUGUCCGUUGUCUGGUGCUGAGGCAUGCCUCGGUCACCGGGCUUUGAGCCCUCACCUCCUGCAACAAGGCUAUGCUCCUGACCUACCCGCACUCAAGUUGCAAGCGCCUAGGUGAAGUUCAUGGUGGGGACCAUUGCCAAAUCUGCAGAGACUUUAAACCUUGCACAAAGAAGGAUCGGGAGGCCAGACUGAAGUUUUUGCUCAUGGAACCGCACUGAGUUUUUGCUCAUGGAACUCCAUCUGAGCCAGGUUGGUAAGUCUCUGCACCGAGUGACUCAGCGUUGGUAAGGAGUGCUUCUCCUGCCAUACCCGAGUCCUGGCACCAAUCACCAAUGAAGAUGGCCAGGCAUGGGGACCAGAGUAGAGUUAGAUCUAAACCAGGUCACUCCUCUGGCUCAGUACUGCAGAAGUCGGCACAGUUGAUUCUGGCACUUACACAGGCACCUUCGAGUCCAGUACCAGAUGAGUGUCUACAUCUGCAACACAGAGCAGAACCAACACUAUGCUGGAGUCAUUUGCUGCUGCCCAGGCACAGAGUUACCAUCGAGUGCAUGGCCAGGAAGUCACUGAGGACCUAUGUCUGUCCAGUGGCCCUUUUGGAAUCUGUGGGGGUUUCCCCCAGUUUCCAGGGCAUAUUCCAGGUGCUCCUAUUCUGUGGCCCCAGAAGGAAGGGCACCACCAUCUCAUCUGGCAGCACCUGGUCUGGACUUCUGUACCAAGCCCAGUACAAACUACAGAAGCUGGCUUAACAGGAGGCACAAAGGAAGAAAGAGUAUCCACAGCUGAUGCUGGCCUCCUCCUCUACUGACAAGGCAGUCUCAGGGGUGGGCGUAUCACCUCCCCCAGAUGACUAUAAGGCUCACCAAGACUUGUUGAAGAGGGUCGCCUUAAAUCUGCACAUACAGGUGAAGGUAGUGAAGGAGUCCUCCCAUAGCCUACUUGACAUUUUAGCUGCUGCAGGACCGUCAGACAUAGCCGUGCCCCUCAGUGAGGCCAUUAUAGACCCCUGCAUCACUUCCCCCCCCGAGCAAAAAUACUUUGCUCCUUCCCAGGAUUAUGGAACGCUUGUACACCCAUCUUUCCCUCCCUCCCACCAUAGGAUCCCUGCUCGUAUCCGCUGCCAAUGAGAGAAUAAGACAGGAUCAUCAU